AUAAAGAUAAAACAAGGAUUAUUAGAUCAAUAAUGCAAGCGUUGCCGGGGGCUUGGGUUAUAGUCUGGCUGGCCAUGACGUCACGGGUUUAUGGGAAGUGGGUGGAAGGCAGGAUCGAUACGAAAGAUAACUGGGCAUUUUUAGCGCGCUUCUGUUUUCUGUCCUUGGAAGGGCAGUUUGAGUACCUGAUAGAAUAUGAUAAGGAGUCCGGUAUACCUAAUCUGUUGCUUUACUAUGAUGAAGACAGCCAGUGGCCUUCAGUGUACCAUAGUAGUAAGACCUGCAAACAACGCGAAGAGGUACUAAACCGAGCCGGUCAGAACCAGAUCAUCAGGUUAUCUCAUUGGUACCCUGACACGGAGUACUCUGGCUGCAUCAUCACCAAGCAUAAUAAGGAACUACCCGCUGCUAAGAGCACAACACCACCAAAACAGACAGACCCUCCCAAAAAAACCCCAAAGAACACCACGAAACUCCAACCACCAGAGCCCUCAUAUUACGACCAGUUCCUCAAAACCACGACCCAUAAUCCCAAACCCACUUUGACGGAUAGUAACAACACCACGUGGUACGAAAUAGUCCCAACUGAUGAUGUGAAUACCACUAUGGGACCUGAUGAUGAGCUUUGGGAGAGCAUAGGACCUGGUAAUGGCAGCCAUUUUGGAAAUUUGAAUGAUGAAGUGGAAAUUUUGUUUGAAAAUCGGAAUAGGAGUGGGCACAAAAUGAAACGCUCACUAGACCUCUACGAGCGGUUCCGUCGUCGUCGUCUGAACUCUGAAGCGCACAGCCUACCCAGUCAGAGUGAGAAAGAGAGGUUACUGGUCUCCUGUCACAAUUCUAGAAGAUUCCGCUCUGCUAGAGAGCGAUGGUGGUUUAUAGCUAUCAGCAAUUGUGAUAGUAAUAAGGGUUUGGAUGUCCGGUAUAGAUUCUUGAUGACCAACGGACCUGAUGGCGAUUUUUGGCAUGAACAUUUCUCCGCUGAUGAAUUUUAUGUACUACCAGUCCUCCUAGCCUACACAUUCGCCUACGUCAUAGUAAUGAUAGCAGUAGUGAUGUGUAGUGUCGAGCUAAAGUCUCGACAUCUUCUACACUCGACAUACAAGUUGUUCCUAAUGUCGAUAGUAUCACAACACUCGGGCGUCAUGUUACAAAGUUUGGCGUAUAUACGAUAUGCGGCUAAUGGAUUCGGUAGUGACAAUGCUAAGAUUGUUGGGCAGUUCUUCUGCGGCCUCUCAGAGAUGACUUUCCUGUUACUCCUAGUUUUGAUGGCGAAAGGUUACACUAUAACCCGAGGUAGACUCAAAGUGGGAUUCACUGUCAAACUGACCGUCUUCAUGUGUUGUUACGCAGUCACAUAUAUCGUGCUCUUUGUGUAUCAGGCUAAGGCAUUCGAUCCAGGUGAAGUGCUGUAUCUAUAUGAGAGUCCAGCUGGCUAUGGUCUCAUUGUGUUGAGAAUAUUGGCGUGGUGUAUGUUCGCUUACUCCACUUUCUUUACUGUUAGGAAGUAUCCUGAAAAGAAUAUGUUCUACUGUCCGUUCUUUAUCUGUGGCACUCUCUGGUUCUACGCCGGACCCCUGUUCAUUCUCACAGCUAACACUUAUAUUGAUAAAUGGGUGCGAGAGAGCGUGGUAACAGCCGUGCUUCUAUUCAUCACAUUUAGUGGCCACAUCAUGUUUUUGUUGCUGACACUACCAGUCUUUGCCAACAAAAAUUUCCCAUACCACGUGAGGACUACACAAAUUGGUGUCAUGGAGGUGACAGGAAAUUCAGCGCUCGAUGGUUUCGGUCCGAAUGCUUACCAUCCCACAAACGCACCUCCUCAAACAGUUAUCAUACCACUUACCAGACGAACAGAAGAACUAAUAGGCAACAUGUACAGCCAAUACAUGGCCACCGCCCCACCCCUUUCCUUAGAAGACCAAAUACCCAAACUUAAAAACAUACCAAAAAGAAUAGACUCAAUAUCCCCAAAACACCGUCUUCUAUCUCAAGACAGCACUGAAACGAAUUCUUCAGCAGAUAUUAAGCCGGUAAUACCGAAAGACGAAACAACGAAAGAAAUAUUUACCGUUGAAAAUCAAAUUUCGAAAAUGGAACCACCAGUAUUACCAGCUCAAAAUACACCUGUGUUGCCAGAGCGAAAUAUAGUAGACACUUUAGAAGAAGUUAAUAGGGGUGAUUUGCCUAACGUAAUGAGGUCGAGGAGAAAUAUUUUGGAGCCUAUUAAAAGGGAUGAAAAUGUGCCCUCUUGGUCUUUAGCGAAAGGGCCUAGUAUUGUUGGUAUGCAGAGGAAGAAGGCUGUUGAUGAUGACACACCAGAUAUCAAUAGCCUAAUGAUGAACGGCAAAAAAGUACCUCCAGUCAGAAAUGGUCUCCAAUCCAGCUCAGGAGAAAUUUCCACCAUCAUGGAAGGUCGAGUACAAAGUUAUCCUAAUGCCGUCAGCAAAGCUACCAUAGAUUUAUUCUCAGCGGGAAGCAAUAAAGGAUAA